UCGACCUGUGGGGGGCAGCACCGAGCCUGCUCUGCCGGAGCUGCAGCAGGAGAAGAAGUCAGUAACAACAUGGUUGAGCACGGGGACAUCCGCGUGGUUCACCGAGGUGGCAGUAAGAUAAACUUCAGGGAGCCUGUCAUCACCAAUGACUCCAAGUUCCUGCUGUGCGCCUCAGGUGAGUGCGUGAAGGUGUUCAGCACCUCCACGGAGGAGUGUGUCCACGACCUGCGGGGACACACCGACCUGGUCACAGGGGUGAUCAUCAAACCCUCCAACCACCUGCAGGCCUACUCUUGCUCAGCAGAUGGCACUGUCAGACUUUGGGACUUCACGGACGGCAUCCUUAUUAAGACUUAUGUCAUCGGACACCCAAUUUACUCCAUCCACGCAUCUGCAAGCCAUGAAGGAGUCGUCUUUGUCGUUACUUCCAUGCAUGCUGACAAAAGACCUGACUUGCUCCAGCUGGUUGCGGUACAUUUGCCACGGAGUGGAGAUCAGAUGGUGGAGGCCCGAGAACUUUCUGCUGUGCUCAGCGACGUCAGCUCCAACCCACUGGCCAUCGUCUUCGGCAGAGGGGGCGAAUAUAUUGCCUCAACUAAAGGUUUGAAGCUGGAGGUCUACCUUUUCAGGAAGCAGAAGGCAUACAGUUUUUUCCUCAAAGAAGACAACAAGAAGGGAAGAAGGAACACAUUCACGUGCGUUGCCUGUCACCCAAAAGAUGACUGCAUUGCCACUGGACACGAGGAUGGCAAGAUUCGCUUGUGGAGAAACUUCAACCAAAAGAAGGAGUACACAUACUCCACCCUGCACUGGCACCACAGUGCUGUCAGCUCACUGUGCUUCACCCCAGAAGGCACCAACCUGCUGAGUGGAGGCAUUGAGUCGGUGCUUGUCCAGUGGCGUUACAACCAAGAGGACCAACGGGAAUUUCUGCCCCGUCUAGGAGCUGCGAUCACACACAUCACUGUGUCACCUGAUGGAUCGCUGUUCUUUACCUCACACAGUGACAACAAGAUCACAAUCAUCCAAAGUUGUUUGAAAGUGUCGGCUGCCAUUCAGGGCCUGGUCAAAGGAGAAAGUGUCACAACAGACUUGAUGAUGGACCCACGCAGCAAAUCCCUGGUGCUGAAUGGGAAACCAGGUCACCUACAGUUUUACUCCCUGCAAAGAGACAAACUUCUGUACAACCUGGACGUAGUGCAGCAAGAAUACAUUCAUGAGUCGGGCCUGCAGCAGUUUGAAGUAGUCAAGGCGGCCUUCGACGCCUCAGGCAACUGGCUGGCUACAGUGGAAGAAAGAAAACAGAAAGGCGCUGAGGUGGAGCUUAACUUGAAACUGUGGGAAUUUGACGAACAAACACAGAGUUUUGUGCUGAACACGACCAUCUCGGCCCCCCACGAGGCCCAGAUUACAGGCAUGUGCUUCUGCCACUCCACUGACAACCAGACCACCAUGCUGGUCUCCACCAGCAAGGACGGGCACUUCAAAGCCUGGCAGCUGGACGCACAGGCCCACACAGAGGCAGCAGAUGAACGUCCUUCCUGGUCGUGUGAUUUCGUCGGAGCCUAUCACAGCCUGGUGCCCGAGUGUUGCUGUUUCUCAGCCGAUGGUUCUCUGUUGGCCGUCAGCUUUCAGGAGGUGGUGACUGUGUGGAGCACGGCCUCCUGGGAGCUGCUGACAACUCUGUCCCAGCCGCCAAAAGCCAUCAGGAAUCUUUGUUUUGGCCGACUAAGCUGUUCCAAGUAUCUGCUGGGAACCACCGGCAACAACCUGCUCUGCUGCUGGAACCUGCUCACCUGCUCAUUGGAGUGGAGCACUUCGAUGGACGUCAGUCUGCUGCUGGCUGACCCGAUCUCUGAGAACAUGGCUGCCUUCUGCCGUCAGGCUGGAAGCACAGACUUGUUUGUGUUUAAGCCCAGCGAACCUCGGCCACUGUUUUCCCAAAAGGCCGUGUGCCCGGGGAAGGUGACUCGCGCCAUCUUCGCCCCGAGGGAGGAGAUGCUGGAGAGCUGUGAGGAGAGCAGCCAGUGGCUGAACCGCUCCCAGUUGUACUUCCUCACGCAGCACAUGGACCUCAUGACAUUCACCACCAAAGUGGAGGAGGACAGACUGAUGGCAUCGAGCAAACAGCUUGUGAUCGACGACAGCGUUGCCAUGACGCCGUUCUACCUGUUGCUGGGAAAACACAGACAACAGGAUAGUGGAGACGCACAGAGCGGCAUCUCUACUGAGAGGACACCUCUCCCACAGGGCUCUGUCGCUAUCAAAGAGCUUCUGCAGACGCCAGCUCACGUCUUGCCCUCCACCUCUUUCCUCUGCUCAAUGUUUGUGCAGUCUCUGCUCAUCUCCGUUACAGAGCCCAGGGAAGAAAAUAAAGCCACAGAGGAGGAAAUGGAAAGCGAGAAAGAGGAAGAGGAUUCAGAGGAGGAAAUGGAGUCUGGAACCACAAGACCAGAGCAGGCCCCCCUGGGACGCCAUGCAGCAGAGUCUGCAGCCCCCGCACUGACGAAAGCCCAGGUUAGGGAACUAAGAAGGGUGAAGAAACUUGACCGCAGCUGGUUCGCAGGGCUCCUGGACUCUUGAACGUGACCGUGUACAAUGACAGAGACUCACACAGAUACAGUGCCUAUAGAAAGUUUUCACCAGUGGAUUUUUCUUAUUGUUUUACACCAUUAAAUCAGUGGAUCUCUUCUAGAAAGAAUAAAACAAUGUGUAAACUGGUCUGUGCAGAUACAAAAAAAAUAUUUGAUUACAUAAGUAUCCAUCCCUUUUGGCAGUAAUUACAGCCAUGAGUCAAUGUUGACAAGUUUUUAUCGGUUUCCAAGUCCUACAAGAAAGUCUGGAUUGGAUUGAGGUCUGGAUUCUGCCUCUGCCUCUCAUGAAUACUAACAUUAUUGUUUAUAAGCAGUCCCUGUGUAGUUCUGGCUCUAUGCUUGUUAUAAAAAAAUAAAUCUUUUCCCAAGUCACAGUUCUCUCAGACCUGCAGCAGGUUUUCCUCCAGGAUUUAUUUAUAUUUGGCUGCAGUUUGGGACCUGUGUCACCAAAUUUGUAACAUGCAAGCUGCAGUUUUGAACAUGAGAUCCAUGCACAAGCUCUGCUAAAUGACUCAGCAACUUCUGGAAUCUUCGUCACCGCCCAUCGGUUUCCACAAUGUUUGGCAGGAUGGCUACACCACCAGACUUCAUGCAGGGGUUUUGUGUUUUUGCUGACGUGAACAUAUAAUUUGGAACGAUCAAAAAGUUCAAUUUAAGAUUUAAAAGAACAUAAAACUCUUAUUUAACUUCAGUCUCCCAAAUGCCUGCCUGCUGCUAAUCAUGAGCCGUAUUUGAUUAUUAAUAUUUUUUUUGAUCUUAUGUUUUCCGAGGAAUGUCGAGUACAUUUGUCUUGUGUCCUUUCUCCAACUUAACUUGUCACAGACUCGACUGAAAUCUUCAGUGGUUCCCAACCCUUUUUUGUUUGACAUAAUUGUUGAAGUUUAGGUUUGGUCAUAUUUGUACUUAAUACCUCUAUCACUUGGAGAAGCUUGAUGUUUGUAUUUAUGGAUAUUUUUUUAACUAUCCAUACUUUUAUAUUGACUUGCAAAUCAGUCAGGUUGGUGAGAAAGUGAAGUAUAACUGUGACUCCGCCUUGUGUCAUUUGUAAAAGUUUUUGUAAAAUGCAGAUAUAUUUGUAUAUUUAAAAAAAAAAAUGGUUGGGAAUCACUUCAUCUUCGUGUUGCAGUAUUUAAAAUAAAAUCUGCUUCUUCCACAUAAAGCUUUAUCUAACUGAUAAAACACCCUUCAUACAGCAUGUUUUUACUUGCACAUUGUCUUUUUGUUUCUUGCUGAUUAAAAAGCUCAGAUCCAGUGAUUCAACAAUAAAACAUGAAAAGGUCCAUGAAGGGAGGGAGAGGCCGACUUUCUAUAGGCACUGUCUGCAUGCGCAUACUGUAUAUGUGCAAUUACACAUUUUUCUACACUUAAUAAAGAUGGAAGUUUUUCUUUAA